AUGUUGCACUUCAAUCCGAAUAAGGCUGGGAUGGAGGGGAUUGAUAAGGAUAAAGUCAACAAAGUGAUAGCAGAUAGUACUAGUGCUCAAUACUCGAGUUUCACUGCAAAGCAGCAACAGAGAGUUGAUCAAAAAGUGAGAGAGAUCAAGAAAAGGCUACAAGUAGUUACGGAUCAUGAAUGGAAGCAAGCUGAGAAUGAAAUGGAUCAAUUAAUAGCAAAGCUUGAAGCAACUAGAGAUCUUAGCAGGCAUUGUGUUCACAUUGAUAUGGAUGCUUAUUUCGCCGCAGUAGAAAUGAGAGACGACCCCAAAUUAAGAAGUAUUCCGAUGGCGGUGGGUUGUAUGGCAAUGUUGGGUACCUCUAACUAUUUGGCUAGGAAAUUUGGAGUCCGAGCCGCAAUGCCAGGUUUUAUAGCAAAGCGCUUGUGCCCAGAACUAGAGAUCGUUAAUGGAAACUAUGACAAGUAUCGUAAAGAGAGCAGAGUGUUUUCUGAAAUCUUCUCCUUGUAUGACCCGGAAAUGUCUAUGGGUUCCUUAGACGAAGCUUAUAUUGACUUGACUGAGUACAUGGAAACCCGAACUGAAAGCAGAGUUCUGACUCGUAAACGGUAUGGAGGUGAGUGUGUAUGCUGGUUACCUCUAAUCAAACCCGAUGAAAUCGUGGAUAGUCUAACCAUUUCUAAAGAAGUCUGUAAAAAGUGCGAAAAAGAACGACUUGUUUAUGAGGAUUCUGUAGAAUUCGGAACUUCAAGAGAUGAGGUUGUUCGCGAAAUUCGAUUUCAAGUUGAGCAAAACACGGGGCUCACGUGUAGUGCAGGUAUCGCUACAAACUUCAUGCUGGCCAAAAUCUGUUCUGAUCAAAACAAGCCUAACGGACAGUUCGAACUUGCCAAUGAAUAUAAUCCAAUCAUGGAUUUCUUAAGAGAAUUACCCAUCCGAAAGGUAUCAGGGAUAGGAAGAGUUUCCGAAGCACAUCUGCUGGCAUGCGGUGUGAAAACAGUGUUUGAUCUUUUGGAUAAACGAGUUGUUUACAAAUUUGUUUUUUCACCUCUCGCUCAGGAAUCUUUCAUUAGAAUAGGCUUAGGUCUACCUGGUCGACCCCGAGUAGAAGAUUCACGAAGAAAGAGCAUGUCAGUCGAGAGAACAUUUUCACCAACGUCGUCAGAAUCUGAACUUAUGUUAAUCUUAAGAAGAGUAAGUGAGGAGUUGAUGUCAGAUGUUGGUAAAAAAUCCUACAUCGUUGGAGGCAAGUGUGUAACGGUCAAAAUUAAGUUAUCGUCAUUCGAUGUGUUGACAAGGUCUCAAACAUUGCCAGAAGUUGUAACAGAUUUAGAAAUAUUUUAUAAUGCCGUUUCUGAUAUCUUGAAGAAAGAAUUGGGGCAGGAGAUUCGUUUACUUGGUGUGAGGUUAAGCCAGCUCAAGUUUAUUGACGAUGGCAGCACAUCUGCCCAUUCUUCAAAAACUGUUCUUGAUUACUUCGGAAAUGCCAAAAGGAGCAAGCUUGACGAAGAAGAUGAUGAAGAGAUAGCUGUCUCUCCUACCAAAUCCAAUACUCCUGACGAAUUGAUGUCAGAAGAAUCAACUGACAGUCUCGAUGUUGUUCAAUGUCCAAUAUGUUUGAAAAAACUGAGAGGAGAUAAUGAUAAACUAAACCAGCAUAUUGAUGAAUGUCUGAACUCCGAUGUGUUACGAGGAGAAGGAGUUGUGGAGAAGCCUAGAACGGAGAAAGAGAAACCCAAGAUAACUCAAAAAGCUACUUCCCGCAACCAAAAGAACAAAUUAGCGGCUGCUGAAAAGAGAGGAAUAAAAAGAUUUUUUACAAGCGUUUGA